AUGGGUUCGUGGAUAGAGAUCCUUGGUUAUGGAGGCACGGUGGAGGAGGGUGUGGAGGACUCCCAUCAAUGGCCACGAAGCCAUUUUUUCCUUCUUUAUACGCUUUUAGUUGCAUCCUUUCUGAUAUGUUGUCAUUGCACUGAGGAAAGAAAGGUCCACAUUGUGUACAUGGGGGAAAAGCCUAAGGGUGGGUUUGCUGCCAAGUCAAUGCAUCACUCCAUCCUAGAAGCUGCCCUCGGAAGUUCUUCUGGUGCCAAAGAGUCUCUUGUGUACAGUUAUGGGAGAAGCUUCAAUGGAUUUGCUGCUAGGUUGACUGACAAAGAAGCUACAAGGAUUCAGGAGAUGGAUGGAGUGGUCUCUGUUCUUCCAAAUACCAUAAUCAAGCUUCAUACCACGAAGUCAUGGGAUUUCAUGGGUCUUACGCUUGGUGGAACUGUACGCUUUCCUAGUGAAGGAGAUGUCAUCGUUGGACUGCUUGACACAGGAAUUUGGCCGGAGUCUGAUAGUUUCAGUGAUAAGGACAUGGGUCCCCCACCUGCCAAAUGGAAAGGGAUCUGUCAAGGCUCAAACUUCACUUGCAACAACAAGAUCAUUGGAGGAAGGUACUACAAUAGUGAAGGUAUCUACGCCAGCACGGACUUCAAAUCCCCGAGAGACUCUGAGGGACAUGGCACACACACUUCCUCCACUGCUGCAGGAGCACUGGUGCCCGACACUAGCUACUUUGGCCUGGCAUUUGGCACUGCAAGAGGUGGAGUACCAAAAGCAAGGAUUGCAAUGUACAAAGUGUGCUGGAGCUUUGGAUGUGCAUCAGCUGACAUCUUGGCUGCAUUUGAUGAUGCCAUUGCUGAUGGAGUUGACAUACUGUCCGUCUCCCUCGGAGGACCCCCUCGUCCUUUCUUCGAUGAUCCCAUAGCCAUCGGGUCGUUCCAUGCGAUGAAGAAUGGCAUCUUAACAGCCAAUUCUGCAGGCAAUUCUGGUCCUGACCCACGAACAGUGUCUAAUGUCGCUCCUUGGACAAUCACUGUUGCCGCGAGCUCCAUCGACAGGAAAUUUAUAGCCAAAGUUGCCCUCGGCAAUGGGCAGAUCUUCAUUGGAAACUCCAUUAAUCGAUUCGCGCUCGUGGGCACAUAUUCAUUGAUAUAUGGGGGAGGUGCUCCAAACAUCUCAGCAGGUGCAUCAGGUGAUAUCUCCAAGUAUUGCUUUCCUGGUAGUCUGAAUUCCUACAAAACAGAGCACAAGAUAGUGCUUUGCGACAGCAUUUCGGAUGGUUCUGGUGUCUUGAUGGCCCAUGGUCUUGGAGUCAUCAUGAGCGACUCGGAGUACUCCGACUUGGCCUUCUCUUACCCAUUACCUGCAACUGUGAUCAGCGUAGAAGAUGGUGCGCAAAUAUUGGCAUACAUCCAGUCCACUAGCAAUCCUUUUGCAACAAUCUUGAGGGGCGAGACAAUUGAAGAUGUCAUGGCUCCAACUGUGGUCUCGUUCUCAUCUAGAGGACCCAAUACAGUCGUCCCCGACAUGCUCAAGCCCGAUCUGACUGCACCUGGCGUAGAUAUUCUCGCUGCCUGGUCUCCGGUGGCGCCACCUUCGGUCUCCGAAGACGACCCACUGAGAGUGAAGUAUAAUGUGAUCUCCGGCACGUCCAUGUCUUGUCCUCACGUUAGCGGCGCUGCUGCCUACAUCAAAUCGGCACACCCCGGGUGGUCGCCUGCUGCCAUCAAGUCUGCUCUCAUGACAACUGCGACUGUCAUGGAUCCAAGGAAGAACGCAGAUGCCGAGUUUGCCUACGGCGCAGGCCAGAUCGACCCGAGACAGGCUCUGACUCCAGGAUUGAUCUUUGAUGCAUCCGAGAAAGAUUACGUCGACUUCCUCUGCAAGCAGGGCUACAACACGAGCACUCUUAGGCUGGUCACCGGUGACUCGAGCACUUGCCCGAACACCACCACCAUCGGGAAUGCAUGGGGCCUCAACUACCCAUCCUUUGCGCUAUCUGUGAUUGAUGGGCAGAGAAUUCUAGGGGUCUUUCCUCGGACGGUGACCAACGUGGGAGCGCCGAACUCGACGUACUACGCCUCUUGGGCUGCGCCAUAUCCUUUGACGGUCAGCGUCACCCCUUCGGUCCUUUCCUUCUCUUCUGUUGGGGAGACGAAGUCCUUUACCGUUACGGUCCGUGGUGGAGCUAUAUCGCAGCAAUUCAUUUCUGGGUACAUCGUAUGGAGGGAUGCGACGCAUACCGUGAGGAUGCCGCUCGUGGUGUACACAACGCUUCCUCCUGAUGAUGAUGAACCGAUGGCUGCUCGCGUGCGACGAUCGUUUGACGGCUCCUCCAGGCACCACAAUAAUGGGAUCCUUGGUGCCAAUUAAUUAAUUGACAACAUCCCUACUGUUACUUCUCUGCUUAAUAUCAUCUGUGGUCAGUAAUAAGAUUGCCUGUGAUAGUGCCACUGGCAACAGAGAGUGAAUCUAUUCUGCAAUUGUUCAGUUGCAUG